UCAUAGAAUCAUUUUGUGUGAUCCGUAAAUUAAGUUACUUGUUCUUAAUUUCUGCUAAUAUAUUGUAUCGUCUGCGCUUGAGGACCAAUCAGUGGAAGAAACCAUGGCUGCCCAACCCAAACCUCAGAACCGACCCAUUUCUAAUAUCGUCUUCGUCGUUGCUAUGCAGACGGAGGCACUUCCCAUCGUCAACAGAUUCCAGCUCACUGAGGACCCUCACUCCCCAUUUCCGCAAGGGGCUCCUUGGGUCCAUUAUCAUGGGACAUUCAAAGAUCUCAAUAUAAACUUGAUUUGGACUGGGAAUGAUCCAACUUUGGGGGUUGAUAGUAUAGGCACGAUACCAUCUGCUCUUGCAACAUAUGCUGCUAUUCUAGCAUUACAACCAGACUUGAUCAUCAAUGCAGGCACCGCUGGUGGCUUCAAGGCCAAAGGAGCUAGUAUUGGUGAUAUUUUUGUUGUAUCGGAAUGUGCUUUUCAUGACAGAAGAAUACCUAUACCUGUAGAAGUUUUGCCGUCAACAUCAAUAUGUGAUGUCUUGCAGAUUUUUGAUCUGUAUGGAGUGGGUCUUCGUAAAGCCUUUGAAACACCCAAACUUGUAAAGGAGCUUAAUCUAAAGGUGGCUAAAUUGUCUACUGGUGACUCUUUAGACAUGACACAGCAGGAUGGAUCAUUAAUAAUUGCAAAUGAUGCCACAGUUAUAGAUAUGGAGGGAGCUGCUAUUGCUUAUGUUGCCGACCUACUGAAAGUUCCUGCAAUUUUUAUAAAAGCCGUGACUAAUAACGUUGAUGAUGACAAAGCAAUUGUAGAAGAAUUCCUGCAGAAUUUGGCAGCUCUAACUGUUGAACUUGGUCUGGCGGUCGAACAAGUUAUUAAUUUUAUUAAUGGAAAGUGCAUAUCUGAACUUUGACAACCCAAUUUCACCUUAUCCUAGAAGAAUAUAUUUCAACGGGGAGAGCUGCGAAAUGCCUUAACCUGACAAGUUUCCUAUGUUACCAGAUGGUAGCUCUAGUUUAAGAUCCACUUAUUGUGGUUACAGUAUAUACAGAAUUUUUGUUUCACGACAUACUUUAUGGAUCUUUAAUCUUACCCUCCCCAAAAAAAUAUAUUUCCAAUCAUUGGUUUUAUUUA